AAAGCCACUCUAACCAGCUAGUUUACAUGCAAACCACUCCCAAAUCACCUGUGAACGUGUCUCCUUUACUUUAUUUUAAUCUCUCUUCAGUGUUUUCCCCUGUAUAUUGCUCAUUUGCCAACUCACUCCACAGAGUUUAGAUCUAUUACUGCACUUUGGAUCAAAACAGAUUAAAAUGGGCUGCUUCACAUUUGUCAAAGCUCUGAUGGUCAUGUUCAACUUGCUUAUCUGCCUGGCGGGCAUAUGUGUGGCUACCGUAGGGAUAUGGGCGACUGUGUAUGAAAACUCCUUUAUGAACAUUUUACCACCCUUUAAUGACAAGAUCUGGAGUCACGUCAAUGUGGGAAUCUUCUGCAUCUGUAUUGGCGCAGUCAUGACAUGGCUUGGUAUGAUUGGAUGUUGUGGAGCUCAAAAAGAGAGCAAAUGCCUUCUUAUAAUGUUCUUCUCCAUCGUCCUGAUCAUUUGCAUUGCUGAGGUGGCAGCUGCAGUAGUAACCCUGGUCUACUCCUCAUACGCUGAGAUCUUUCUAAGAUUGUGGGCCAUACCUGGACUGAAGGAGCAGUAUGGCAAAAAUCAAAUCUUCACAAACUUGUGGAAUUCAACCAUGACCACAUUGCAAUGCUGUGGCUUUAACAACUACACCGACUUCUCUGGAUCCUAUUACUAUAUGCAGAAUGGAGAACUUUACCCUCCUGCUUGUUGUUUAGGUCUUGAGCUCUUCCCCUGUGAUGAGGACAAUGCAGAUUACAGCAGAGUUAUGGGCUGCUUUAAACGAAUUGUUAAGAACACCAAAAUGAAUGUCAACAUUGUAGGAGGAAUAGCUGCUGGAGUCACUGCCAUUGAGUUGGCUGCGAUGGGAGUGGCUAUGUAUCUCUAUUGCUACCUGGACAAAAAAGAAACCUGAAAGUCUUACUAGAAUUAUGAAUGCAUUUUUUUUGUUUAUGAUUCAAAGUAGGGAAGCGAUACUGUAGAUGUUAUGAAAUUAAUUGUUGAUUAGAUGAAAAGAUUUAAUUUGUACGAUUUUAACAAGGCAAAGUGGAUGAUAAAAUUGUUAUUUGAUUUUGAAAAGGAAUGUGAUGU